AUGCAACCCACACGGGAGUUCGUCGAGUUCGAAGUUGACGACAAGGAGAACCCUCGCAGGUGGAACACCUGGUUUAAGGGUUUCAUCGUUGUCUGGAUUUGCUUCAAUGCGUUCACCAUCACCUGCUACGCAUCUACCUACCUGGAUGCUGUUCCUUACGUCCAGGAGCUCUUCCAUGUAGGUUCCACUGUCGCAAAGUUGGGUUUCACUUUCUACGCUGGAGCUUGCGGUAUCGGGCCCCUCUUCCUCGCUCCGCUAAGCGAACUCUACGGCCGCAAGUGGGUGUAUGUUGGUAGUGCCUUAGGCUGGACGGCCUUUCAGGUCGGGGCUGCACGCGCCGAAAACACGGCAACGAUCCUCAUCUGCCGAUUUUUCGCUGCCCUUCUUGGGACAGCUUCUUUCUCCAAUGCUGCUGGGACAAUCCACGACUUGAGUACACCAGGGCUAUUCCAAUCGUCUUCGACCAUGCUCUUCUGUAUGGCGCUUUUCAUGGGACCUGUGAUCGGGCCUAUCGUGUCCGGCUACAUUGUGGAGAACACAACCUGGCGCUGGAUCUUCUACGCAGCAAUCAUUGCGGGCGGCGUAGAAACUGCCGUCUUCGCCAUGUUGCCUGAAACGCAUCACGGCAUCAUCCUCAUGCGUAAGGCAGCGAGGUUACGGAAGGAACAGCCAGAGUACGACCAUCGCUCGUCAUUCGAGCUCGAGCGCCCAUCUGUUGUGGAAGCACUUCGGAUCACAGCCACCCGCGCAGGGAGCAUGCUGAUCAGCGACCCCAUCAUUCUCGCAAUCUCGCUCUGGCAGACGACCGUAUUUGGCAUCAUCUACCUGUUCUUUGACGCGAUAGAGGAGUCAGAGUCCCGAAAGGCAGGUGGAGUGCGUACCCCUGAAAGACGCUUGAAACUAGGUCUGCUAGGCGCCAUCAUUGUGCCCAUCUCGCUCCUGUGGUUUGGGUUCACGACGUACACCUCCGUGCCGUAUAUGGUGCCUAUCGUCGCAUCAGGCUUCUACGGCUUCGGCUUCCUCGCCGUCAGCCUCAGCACAUUUUACUACACCAUCGACGCAUAUACGACGUAUGCGGCGUCUGCAUUCGCGGCACAGGCGAUGAUACGGUCGGUGGCGACGAGUGUGUUCGUGCUAUUCGGCACGCAGAUGUUCAGCGGGCUGGGACCUCGGUGGGCAACAUUCAUUCUUGCGAUGAUAGGCGUAGUGGAGAUUGCGCUGCCUAUCGUGUUCAUGAGGAAAGGUGAGGCGCUGCGCAAGGCGAGUGGAUUUGCGAGCCUGGAGGCUGAGCACGAUCAUGUGGACGCGUCGAGCGACGAGGAGAAGCAGAGUGUGGAUGACGAGAAACAAGUGUGGGUAGAAGGCCAGACCGCUUGAUACUAGACGUGUAUUGUGCUUAGUAUAGAUAAACGUGUCAGAGUGCUAGC